AUGGCUCCGCAGGACAAGUCCCAGAAGGGCAAGAAGACCCGCUCAGCUCUGAAUGACGUGGUGACGCGCGAGUACACCAUUCAUCUUCACAAGCGCGUGCACCGCAUGCAAUUCAAGAAGCGCGCCCCGAGGGGUGUGAAGGAAGUGGUCAAGUUCGCACAGAAGACAAUGGGCACGAACGAUGUGCGCCUGGACCCGAAACUGAACCAGGAGAUCUGGAAGCUCGGUGUGAAGGACGCGCCGCGCCGCAUCCGUGUGCGUCUUGAGCGCAAGCGCAACGACGACGAGGAGGCGAAGGAGAAGCUGUACACCUACGCGACGCCUGUUUUGGGCAUCACGAACUUCCACGGUCUGCAGACCACUGUCAUUGAGCAGGACGAGUAA